AUCUUUUACUUUUUCGUUUUUCAGACGAUGGUGUCUCUUCACCAGGGUUGGACCGGAAAACAGAAAAAGUAUUUUGAUAAUCCAGAGGAUUUCCGACCAGAACGUUGGUUAGAGAAGAAGCGUUCCAACUACCAUCCCUUUUCAUUUAUUCCGUUUGGUUUCGGAGCCCGGGCAUGUGUUGGUCAGAGAGUUGCUUUACAGGAAUUAUCGUUGGCUGUGGUAAGGAUUUUGCAAAAAUAUGAAGUAACUUUCUUAAACGAAGAUCUUCAAAUAGAAUACAACAUCGUGAGCAAACCAACGGAUAAACUCUGCUUUAAGUUUACAGACCGUCAGUCGAAAUCAUCAACAGCGAGCGCUUCGUAAUGGCUGAAUCAGUAUUAACAAGGCAACGAUCAAGAGAGAAAGAUGGAACAGCAUUGGAGUUUAAAACCGUUUUACGAAUUCCCUUCAAUGAAAGGAUCUGUAAAUAAGUUCUAAAAGAAGCCAAAUUAAAACGUGAAAAUAUCCGGAUAUCUACGUCUUUUUCUAAAGCCGAAAUAUGGACUGAAACAAGGAGAAUUGAGAAGGAGGGAGGAUAAAGAAUGAAAGAAAGAUGGCGCUCCCAGUGUGUCGUCUGGGUGGAGGUGUCAACGUGUAACACAUCUAACCUCAAAAUACAAAGAAAUCAUUAAUAAUUUAAGAUGAAUAUGAAUAAUAACAAACGUUUAUUAAUAAUAACAUUAACAAUUAUUUAAGUAGGAACUGGAAAGAAAGAUAAAACAUAUAAACACGUCA